AUGGGGAGCAGAGCCGAGGAAGAUUAUAACUUUGUCUUCAAGGUGGUGCUGAUCGGCGAGUCAGGAGUGGGGAAGACCAACCUGCUGUCCCGAUUCACUCGCAAUGAGUUCAGCCACGACAGCCGCACCACCAUCGGGGUUGAGUUCUCCACCCGCACUGUCAUGCUGGGCACCGCCGCUAUCAAGGCUCAGAUCUGGGACACGGCUGGCCUGGAGCGGUACCGAGCCAUCACGUCGGCGUACUAUCGUGGUGCUGUGGGGGCCCUCCUGGUGUUUGACCUGACCAAGCACCAGACUUAUGCCGUGGUGGAGCGCUGGCUGAAGGAGCUCUACGACCAUGCCGAGGCCACAAUCGUCGUCAUGCUCGUCGGUAACAAAAGUGACCUCAGCCAGUCCCGGGAGGUGCCCACUGAGGAAGCCCGCAUGUUUGCUGAAAACAACGGGCUGCUCUUCUUGGAGACCUCGGCCCUGGAUUCCACCAAUGUCGAGCUGGCCUUUGAGACUGUCCUCAGAGAGAUCUUCGCUAAGGUCUCCAAGCAGAGGCAGAACAACGCCCGGACCAAUGCCAUCACCCUGGGCAGUGGCCCGGCUGGGCAGGAGCUGGGUCCUGGGGAGAAGAGGGCCUGUUGCAUCGGCCUCUGA